UACUGGACACCGUACGUCUGUGUUUAUGAAUAAGUCAAGAUGGCGCUGCCCGUGAGGUGUACCGUGAAAUCUGUCUUUCGUUUUAUUCACAAGAGUAAUUCGCAUAGAAGAUUAUUUAAAGCAGGGAAAGCGACGGAAACGACGAGCCUCCUUAAAGGACAGGUUUUCUCAGGAAUCCAGCCCACAGGUGUUCCUCACUUAGGGAACUAUCUGGGAGCUCUAGAGAGCUGGGUGGCCCUGCAGAACGAGUACAGUGCAGUCAUGUACAGCAUCGUAGACCUUCAUUCCAUCACCCAGCCUCAGGACCCUCAUAUGCUCCGAGACAACAUCUUGGACAUGGCCGCCAGUCUGUUGGCCUGUGGCAUAGACCCAACUCGCUCCAUCCUUUUCCAGCAGUCUCAAGUGAGUCCUGCUUUGAAGACAUCAAAUAAACAACAUGAAUUAAAUCACAUUAAUAUGCCUCGUUUACGGCACCUGCCUCAAUGGAAGAUGAAGAGCAAGCAGAAGAAUGAAGGCAGUGUGGGGCUUUAUACGUAUCCAGUGUUACAAGCUGCAGACAUUCUGCUCUACAAAUCCACACAUGUGCCAGUAGGGGAGGACCAGAUCCAGCAUUUGGAGCUCGCCCAGGACUUGGCCCACAUCUUUAACAACCAGUAUGGAGAGUUCUUCCCAGAGCCUUGUGCCCUGCUCAGUAUGUUUGGGAGUUUUCAUUUUUACCUCAUGCCAUUAACUUCCCGUUUUAAUCAGCCUGUUUUUCUCAUAAAGAUUCACCUGA